CUAAUAUUUGUCUAAAAUAAUAAUUAUGCCGUAUGAUAAAUGCCCCAAAUUGUUAUUUCGUGUACAGCGCCAUCUAUAUUUAAUCUCGUAAACGAAUUCUCAGUUCACAAAACCUCGAGAUUGACCUCGAGAGCUUAGAACUCUUAUAAGGCAGAUAUUUGUCAGUUGUGUAAAAACGUAACAUUGUGCGUCAAAAAUAGCAAUUUUAUGUUAAAUAAAUUAAAUUAUUACAACAUAACAAAACGUAUUAAACUUUAUGAUUGCGAAAUGGUGAUGUCAUACAUGGUGUAGAAUCUUACAUUUAUGAAUCUGUAACUUUUGUGUUAUCUGCAUUUUUGUAAUUGUCAAAAAGCGCUCAUUCUGUCAAUAUCAGCUGUUCAUAGACGAUUAUUGUGCAUUGUUGUGGUGUGAUUAUUAUGAAUUAAAAAAUAUUACGACAACAAAAUGAAAUUUAUCAAAAUAUGUCGUCGACUAAGAUACGAAUACAGUUCGGUGGCACGUGGAUAUUCAACCGUUUCUGACAAGUGGCAAAGUGUAGUUGGUUUAGAAGUUCACGCACAGUUGAAUACAGAAUCAAAACUGUUCUCAGGUGCUCAGAAUACUUUUGGUGGUGUUGUGAAUAAUUGCGUAUCACUAUUCGAUGCGGCUGUACCUGGUACAUUGCCCGUGCUGAACAGAAAAUGUGUCGAACUUGGUAUAAUGACCGCUUUAGCAUUAUCUUGCAAAGUCAACGAAGUCUCGACUUUUGACAGAAAGCACUAUUUUUAUGCUGAUCUACCGACGGGCUAUCAAAUUACACAGCAAAGAAAUCCAUUGGCUAGCGAUGGCGUUAUUAACUUUCAGGUAUUUACUCCAGGAAUACACAAACAACCGUACAGAAAGAGUUCAAAGAUCAAACAGAUACAGUUGGAACAGGACAGUGGCAAGUCAUUGCAUGAUGCAGAACUCAAGCGGAGUCUCAUUGACCUCAACCGAGCGGGAGCUCCACUUAUAGAAUUGGUGUUCGAACCUGAUUUAGAGGAUGGCGAAGAAGCAGCGGCUCUGGUUAAGGAGUUGGUGCUGAUUGUGCAAAGACUCGGUGCGUGCACUGGUCGUAUGGAAGAGGGCGCCCUCAGAGUCGAUGCUAACGUGUCGAUUAGGCGACCCGGCGACCCGCUCUCUACUCGCACUGAGAUUAAGAACAUUGGAUCAGUGCGCGGCGUGGCAGGCGCUAUCCGGCAUGAGAUUGAGCGACAAAAGACAAUCUUGGACAAUGGGGGUCACAUUAUCAACGAGACCCGAGCGUGGGACGCGACUGCACGAGUCACUAUACCUAUGAGAGACAAAGAGGUCGUGCAGGAUUAUAGAUACAUGCCGGAACCGAAUCUGCCACCGUUACGCGUCAACUUGAAGACCGAUAUCGAGCAUAGAGAUGUUCUAAGUGUACCACUAAUACAGGAAAAGAUACCAGAACUUCCAGAACAAUCCAGAAAAAAACUUAUCGAAGACUUUGGACUAAGACCAGAAACAUCAAUCCAACUAGUCAACGAACCUACAUUACUAGAUUAUUUCCAAAAUUUAACAUCAGACAAAACCAGGAAUCCAACCAAAGUAGCAAAUUUUUUAAUCAAUGAUCUUUUGACUGUACUUAAUAAAAGAAAACUAGGUGCAGAUGAUUGUCCCCUUACUGUUAAGCAACUAAAAGAACUGACUGACAUGCUUUUGAGUAAAGACAUUAAUUUAGAAAUUUGUAGAAACGUUCUAGAUGAACUGAUUGUUAUAUCUGAUGAUGAUGUAUCUCCAUUAGAUGUAGUAGAAGAAAAGGGAUGGAAACUAAAGUCCAAUGAGGAUGAACUAACAAAACUUUGUAUUGAAGUCUUAGAAAAUAAUCCUAAGUUGGUGAAACAAUAUAAAAAUGGUAAAACCAAAGUAUUUAAAGCACUUUUAGGAAUAUUAUCUAAGAGCAACAAUAAAGUUGAUAUGUCUGUAGCGUCUAAGAUCAUGGAAGGGUUAUUGAAAAAGUGAAAAUAAAUUUUAAAUCAUA